AUGGCAGGCCGUGCCGAGCGUGCUCGCAUGGCCCAUUUGGCCAGCUAUAGUCAAGCGAGUUCCCAGUUGACUCUUGGACUUUCCUUCGCUCCCCUUCGGCCUUCCCCACCCUCCAGUCCGCCUCCCUGCCCUCCGCGACAGCGCUCCCCUCACCCCCGUCCGCCGAAGCUCGCCACCCCAGAGAAAUUUCUCCCCAUCAGCCCCGCCGUCGGCUUCUUCUCCCCCGUUGCACUGGACUGGCGUGGAGUCGAUCGGAGGCUCGGCGGCGUUCGGCUGUGCAUUGUGGAACCAUGCUCGGUGUCAAGUCCGAACCUGCAACUGCAAUGGAUGCAGUGGGAGCACAGUUACUUAUUUGUUACAGAAUUUAUCUUCUUCUCGUUGUUUAAGUCGAAAAUCGAGGAGCAUGAACAGAAGGUAAACAGAUACCAAGCUGAACUUGCAGCUCGCAUUAAGGCCAAAUACUUCUCUAAUAAGGCUUUUGACGGAGACCAUGUCAACGUUCAGUUCCUCACCCUUGUUGUGUUAAUAGGAAAAAUCUUUGAAGAAGAAACUAUUGUUGAAGGCGAAACCAUCCGUUCAAGUAGGUGGUCAUGUACAAGUUCGUACGCGAACCCGGUAAAUUUUCUCCGAGAGAAGAGCCAUGAGAGGAGGGAUUCUCCAUCUUCAGCAGCAGAUUCCUCUGCCAAGAACGAUUCUCCAUCUUUGGUAGCUGAAGCUUCACCAAAGAAUAAUGCAGGUGUUUUGGCAACAGCAAACAAUCUAACACCUGGCAAGAGACAGGCAUCCAAGGAGACCUGA